AUGACAGAAGAGAUACAACAGAAACCCACCACUACAAUCGACCAAAUAGCAGGAAAGACCGAAAAAACACAACAACGACCAAAAGGGCAGAAACGAAAAGAACAGGGAAAGACAAGCGACCAAAAGAGAAGAGACAAGAGAAACAGGACGACAGAGACGACAGAGGACAAAGGCAGAAGAGAAGUAAAAAAACAGAACAACGACCAAAGAAGAAAGACAACAGACACGGACGAAAAGCGCCCAAAAGAGCAGAAGAGACAAGAAAACACGACGAAAGCGACCAAAAGAAAAAAAAGAGACCAAACAGAAAACAUCGGACACAAAGCGACCAAAGAGCAGAAGAGACCGAAGAGAAACACGGACGACACAGCGACCAAAGAGCAGCAAGAGAGACCGAACCGAAACACGGACGACAGAGCGACCAAAGAGCAGGAAGGAGACCGAAGAGAAACACGGACGACACAGCGACCAAAGAGCAGCAAGAGAGACCGAACAGAAACACGGACGACACAGCGACCAAAGAGCAGCAAGAGAGACGAACAGAAACACGGACGACAGAGCGACCAAAGAGCAGGAAGAGACCGAAAGAAACACGGACGACAGAGCGACCAAAGAGCAGGAAGAGACCGAAGAGAAAACACGGACGACAAGCGACCAAAGAGCAGCAAGAGAACCGAACCGAAACACGGACGACAGAGCGACCAAAGAGCAGGAAGAGACCGAAGAGAAACACGGACGACAGAGCGACCAAAGAGCAGGAAGAGAGACCGAACAGAAACACGGACGACAGAGCGACCAAAGAGCAGGAAGAGACAGAAGAGAAACACGGACGACAUAGCGACCAAAGAGCAGGAAGAGACAGAUAGAGAAACACGGACGACAGAGCGACCAACGCGCAGGAAGAGACCGAACAGAAACACGGACGACAAGGACCAAAGAGCAGGAAGAGAGACCGAAUCAGAAACACGGACGAAGAGCGACCAAAAGAGCAGGAAGAGACCGAACAGAAACACGGGACGAAACAGAGACCAAAGAGCAGCAAGUAGACCGAACAGAAACACGGACGACAGAGCGACAAAGAGCAGCAUAGAGAGGACCGCACAGAACACGGAGACAGAGCGACCAAAGAGCAGGAAGAGACAGAAGAGAAACACCGACGACAGAGCGACCAAAGAGCAGAAAGAGACCGAACAGAAAACACGGACGACAGAGCGACCCAAAGAGCAGCAAGAGACAACAAACACGGACGACAGGAUCGACCAAAGAGCAAUAUCGACUAACUCAAACUUUGAAGUGGCACCACAAUAUGACUAG